AAUUGUCAAAAACUCACAAGGCAUUAUCAUGUGGACAUGCAACCUUUUUUUUCUAUACGCAUUACAGAAAUGAAAACAAUGAUUAGGAUCGCAUGCACGUCAAGAAAACAACCUAUAGCUGUACUUUGAUAUACUAACUCAAAUCAUGUCUUGGCUCAAGCACACAAGCUUCUAGCUAGAUACAACUGCAAACAUAUAUGAUGGCUUUGUCUAAUAAGAAGACGACGACUUGGGCACCGCUUUGACCAGUCAAUACACCAAAUCUGUAUGUAUCAUUUAUAUAAAUAUUAUCUUUCCACAGUUGUUGAAGAAUCACAUAGACAGCACACACGGAUUCCAUGGAGACUAAACAGAGUAUCCCUCUCCUCAUGCCCUAUAAGAUGGGACCCUUCAAUCUUUCUCACAGGGUUGUUUUGGCGCCAUUGACUAGAUCGAGAUCGUAUGGUAACAUUCCUCAGCCUAAUGCCAAAUUAUAUUACACUCAGAGAACAACACCUGGUGGUCUUCUUAUUUCCGAAUCCUGUGUAGUCUCCGAGACAUCAUUGGGCUAUCCGGAUUUACCUGGAUUAUGGAACAGAGACCAAGUGGAGGCAUGGAAGCCCAUCGUGGAUGCGGUUCAUUCGAAAGGCGGUAUCUUCUUCUGCCAGAUUUGGCAUGGUGGCAGAGUUUUUCAUCAAGACCAGCCAAAUGGGGAAGCACCCGUCUCCUCUACAGACAAGCCAUUGAUGUGCAAGAACAUGUAUGGAGGUCAGUUUAAGCCUCCACGGCGGUUAAGGAGCGACGAGCUUCCCGCCAUUGUCAACGACUUUAGAAUCGCUGCACGAAACGCGAUCGAAGCUGGCUUCGAUGGAGUGGAGGUUCACGGCGCACAUGGUUACCUGAUCGAUCAGUUCCUGAAAGACAAAGUGAAUGACAGAAGUGACCAAUAUGGUGGGUCAUUAGAGAACCGCUGUAGAUUUGCUCUUGAAGUAAUCGAAGCAGUGGUGAACGAGAUCGGUUCAGAUCGUGUUGGAAUCAGACUCUCGCCAUUUGCAGAUUACAUGGAGUCAGGAGACUCGAAUCCAGAAGCAUUAGGGCUCUACCUGGUGCAAGCUAUGAACAAGCAUGGCAUGGAGUCGUCUACGGUCACAUGGUUGAACCUAGAAUGAAAACCCUUGAAGGAAUCUUCGAAUGCACGGAAUCGCUUACGCCCAUGCGAAAAGCCUUCAAAGGUACGUUCAUAGUAGCAGGAGGAUAUUCUAGAGAAGACGGGAACAAGGCGGUGGAAGAGGGAAGAACCGAUCUUGUGGCUUAUGGACGGCCGUUCUUGGCGAAUCCGGAUCUGACGAGGAGAUUCGAACUCAAUGAGCCGUUGAAUAGGUACGAUAGAUCAACGUUCUACACUUCAGAUCCUGUAGUGGGCUAUACAGACUACCCUUUCCUCGAGACCACAGAUACAACAACUGCUUAAGGGGUUUAUUCAGAUGCAUUAUUAGCAAAACAUAUUUUUCAAUCACAUAAGGCAAAAAGCUUGCCUCAAACAAGCUUCGGCAGUGUCCAACUCUCCAAGUUUCAUCAUUUCCACUACAAC